UAUUACCCAAUAGCGUAGGUAGGACUUGGCUCUAGUAACCAAUCAGAGUCCAAUACCUCGCCGCGGCCUGCGGUGUGUCUCGGUGCGUAUGUGUCCGCCUCGGCCUGCCUUGCUUGGCUCUGGCUGGGAGGGAAUGGUAAAGGAGGCAAGAAGCCGUGGAAUCGAAACCGCCCCCAAGGGAAUGUAAAAGUUUAGGACUGAAAUCACCCCCGAGACGCCGUGUCUGCGUGCCCAAAGACUUAACCUAUAACCUGGUUUCUCAUGGAAGCAGAUGGAUUUGUGAGGAGGCGUCGGAUGACAGCGGAGACUACAGGCAGUGAUCCCGGGGUUGCUGGUGCCUCUGCCGGUGCAGAAGUUCGAUGGCUUGGGGGGAGAUUGUGGGGAGUUUCGGAAAGUAUCGUUGGAAGCCUGACACCCCGGAUCGGAGGCGAGGCAGAACUACAGACUGUUGACUUUAUCCGUAGUGCACAAGAUGCAGAAACAGAGGACUCUGAACCGGACUAUGAGGGUUUGCCACAGGGAGCUUCCACUGGCACCCACAUGUUGGCAGGAGCCGUGGCCGGGAUCAUGGAGCACUGCCUCAUGUUCCCCAUCGACUGUGUUAAGACACGAAUGCAGAGCCUCCAGCCCGACCCCGCAGCCCGCUACAGGAAUGUAAUGGAUGCUCUUCGCCGGAUUGUAGCCACAGAGGGAGUCUGGAGGCCAAUGAGAGGGCUGAAUGCGACAGCAGUUGGGGCAGGACCUGCCCAUGCGCUCUACUUUGCCAGCUAUGAGAAACUCAAAAAGACUCUAAGUGAUGUCAUUCACCCAGGGGCUAACAGUCAUUUGGCUAAUGGAGCAGCUGGGUGUGUGGCCACACUGCUUCAUGAUGCAGUCAUGAACCCGGCUGAAGUUGUGAAGCAGCGCAUGCAGAUGUAUAAUUCGCCCUACCGUGGCGUGUUGGACUGUGUACGCGCCAUAUGGCAGAAAGAAGGCCCUGCUGCGUUUUACCGCAGCUACACCACCCAGCUCACCAUGAACGUGCCCUUCCAGGCGCUCCACUUCAUGACUUACGAGUACCUUCAGGAGCUUCUCAACCCCCACAGACAGUACAAUCCCUCAUCCCAUAUGUUGUCCGGGGCUUUGGCUGGAGCCAUCGCAGCUGCAGCCACCACACCUCUAGAUGUCUGCAAGACCCUGCUCAACACCCAGGAGUCUCUAACCCUCAACUCCCUGUCUUCUGGCCAAGGCCCCAGCCAAGGCCAAGGGGCCCACAGACACAUCUCAGGCCUGGCCCAUGCCUUCCGGACAGUUUACAGGCUGGGCGGCCUGCAGGGCUUCUUCAAGGGAGUCCAGGCGAGGGUCAUCUACCAGAUGCCCUCCACAGCCAUCAGCUGGUCAGUGUAUGAGUUCUUCAAGUAUGGACUCACCAAGCACCAGCACAACAAGAGGAGAACGCAGCACAUGGAGGCUGAGAUGUAGACACCUCCUCAGUUUAAUCUCCUCUAAUAUUGCUCUGCCCUCCCUGUGAGGAGAAGAUGAAGUCAAUACGCACAUAGAAUCUGACUAAAAUCCACCUCAGUUGUCCAUCCCUUUCAGACAUAGCAGAUAAGAAAGACAUCUUCAAAGACAACUUGGCUAGUUAUAUUUCUGGUACACUAUUUCAAGACUAGCUUUGGUUUGGCUAUGUUGGUUCUCUUCUGUAGGAGAAAGCAUUUACACAGCAUUAUAAAACUAGUAAGUCUGGAGACUCUUUAAGGCAAUUCUAAUGGCCACUGCAUUUGUCCAAGCAAAGGAUAAAUGUGAACAAUGCACAGAUUUUCAGCUGGAAAGGUAGUCAGCAGAGGGCAGUAGUGUUUAUUUGUCAAUUCUUGUAGUUUCAUAAGCUGUGCUGUCCUAGAACCAGAUUUUUUUUUAAAAGUUUCACCCAUUAAAAUGUUGAGUUUGCAGAUAAAGAUUAUAGCAGUUUCCAGCACCUGAGCCCUCUCUAGAUUAAUGAACAAACCUUUAUAUAUCUCAUAACACAUGAUUUUCACAGUAACCCUAGAAAGAUAACUUUGCGCUUCCUAAAAAAUAUCUUAUUGAGUUCAUCCAAAUUAAAAGUUUUGCAGCCAUUUAGAAUCCAAAGAAAACAGACCCUAGCUCAGAAGAUUUUGUCCAUAAAUCCAUUUAUUUACUGAUAUGGACCAGUACCCAGAUACCUUUGUAGAACUUCAGUGGAACCCUGGCAACCCAAGUCGUUGAGAGCAGAGCUUCAGACCAUCUUUGUACCCUGAUUCCACAGAUUAACAAAAAAGGCCACAGAUCAGAUUUGGGGUUCCACUUUUUCAAUGGGCAACAGGCCGGUAAAGAAAUUAAUUAAAGAAAGAAAGUUAAUAUAAUUUUUUUUUUUCAAAGACUGUUCCCCAAGAUAUAACAGGAUAGAAAGAUACCAAUUUUCAGUAGCUGUAAGAUAUCUGAAAUCUGCGUUUAAGUUACUUUGAUUCCGUAAAUUGUAUUUUAUUUCCAGCAAAUGCAUUACUUUAAAUAUUACAUUUUGUCCCCCAUUCAUGUGUUUAAACAACACUUGGAUCAUCCAAAUACUCACCAUUAAUGCCUUGUGUACCUGUUUGGCAGAGCAGACCAGGGCAGCAUUAGAACGGCCACUUCUGUGCAGUAACUGUAGCUAUGGUCCUGUUUCAGCUUGUGAACUACUGAGUUUUAAUAUCUGUGCAUGAUAGCGAAGGUUGUGUACAGUUUACUGAGCCCAAGAGAAGAAUUUCACUCAGAAUUUCAAGGAGUUCAGUGUCCCAUAAGAUAUCUGUCUGCACCCCUGUUGAGUACACAUAAAUGGAAGCUGUCAUUCUUAUUGACUGAUGUCUGAUUGUUUCCGACACUGAAUUGCACUCGUUGAAUAAAGACUGAGCAGCGGUGCUCUACUCACUGCUCGUAAAUGA